GAUAACUUGAGGAAACCAACAGGGAGUUAUACUUGACAUUGAUAAAACAUGACUAUGCUGUGGAGGAUAAUAUGAAAAAACCAUUAUUGAAAAAGUUGGGCAAAAUGCACCGAGAUUGGAGAAAUCGAUUGCGAUCACGUUUCAUAAAUAAGACUCGUCAAGUGGGAAAGGAUUGUGGGGAAGCUUUUGAGAAGUAUAAAGACCAACUUACCAAAGAAGAGUGGGAUAGUUUCGUGGCAAAGACUAUGACUCCUGAGUUUGUGGCUUUGAGCGAGAAGAAUAAACAAGCUGCACUUCAGAAUAUCUAUCCUCAUCAUAUGGGUCGUUCAGGAUAUGUUCUUUCCAUACCGAAAUGGAAAGAGCAAGGAUUAUUAGAUCAGUUUCUUACCGGUUCAGAAGUAGAUUCAACGAACUCUAGCACAACCACUUCUGGUGAUAUUCCAAGACAUGUCACUUGGUUUUGUGCAAGGUCUGGAUUAACAUCGGGCGGUCACAUCGUGUUUCCUGGUAAUACUGAGGGCAUGCGCGAGAAAAAAGAGAAGUUGGAUAAACUUCAAGAAGAUCUAGCAGCAGGAACGUGGAAGCCAAGUGGUCGACAUGAUAUAUUGACGGAGGUUGUUGGGAAGCCUGAUUACCCUGGACGUGCAUGUGGCGUCGGUGGUGGUGUGGGUUAUACACAUGUCUUUGAUCGAGAGUCGAGAAGCACACGUCGAGAUAAGGUUGGUAAUUUGAGUGAUGUUGACCUAAAGCAGUUGCAAGAGCGUUUGAUGAAAGACAUGCAACAUUACUUUGUUCCAAGAAGUGAAGUGCCUAUCGGGGAUUCAAUGCCUGCUUCCGAGGCGGCCCACGUGGAUACUAUGAACUCUGCUGCACCCCAUCUUAAAAAAACAUUCAUUGAUGGUGCAUCUUGUAGGCUUGUUGUUGAGUCACACACUCAUCAUGGUGAUAAGAGUUUGGACUUUGUGGCCAUGGCUGCAUGUAGCCUACAACACGCUUGCUGGGUCGUUAAUCCAUAAUGUACCGAUGUGUGAAAACACAAUCAAAGUGAACAUAUGUAUGGCAUAUCGAGAGUUUGAAGACUGUCCAUUGCUUUAUCCUAAUGAAGCCGCUGAUAUGAAUGUUUUAGCAGACGCUAUAGGUUCAUAUGUUCAAUGGCCAUCUCAUUUGGUUUUUUUUUUGAGGGAGAGGAACCACCGUCUAAGUCAAAAAAGGAGGAUGGAGCUAAGAAAAAAGUACCCUUUAUCGUGAGAGAUUCACCAAAAGUAACAGUUGAACCCAGCUCACAUUCAUUGGUCAGUGAAACUGUUCUUCAUUCACUUACAGAUGAUCUUUUAAGAUUGCAUGAAAAUCUUGAGUGGUAUGAGCCCGAUCUUUGUAAGUUUUCUAUUCCUCUUCCUGCGGAGUUGUUCUGUUAUAUUGAUGAUCACCAAUUUGGGACCGUUGUUGACCGUGAAGACUUGAGUCAAUUUCUUGAGAGUGAUUCUGUUGAUCUUUCAAUUAUUCAGACCUUUAUGUUGUAAGUAUUAUAAUAAGUUUACAAGCACUCUUGAAUAUUUGUUAGACUUAAUUACUAUUACCUAAUUAUUAAUAUUAUAAUUUCACAUGCAUGUAGUUGUGUAAAUGCAAAACUGAUUGAGUUUGGUCGUGAUGAUGUGGGUCUUUUGUGUCCUUGGAUUUGUUCUUUUAAGUAUUAUAACUUGGAUAAAAAGGGCACACUGACUUACAUGAAGCAUGCUCUGACUGAAAUGUUUGAAAAGAAUAUCAUUCUCUUGGCAUAUAAUGAAGGGUAUGAUUCAUAUAUUACAUUCGCUUUUACAUAUUAUAUUUAUUGAUCGUGACAUAUGAAAUAUUAACCCAUUUUCUAUUCUCUUUGGAAAUAUAGGUAUCAUUGGGUUUUGUUUGUAAUUUGUCCAAAGGUUGAUAAGGGCUAUAUUUUCAAUUCAUUGCCAAGUUAUUCCAAUAUUGCUAUUCAAAAAAAUCUUACGAUGAUGUAUAGAGUUGCGUCUACACAAAAGGGUCGUGGCAAGUCGAUCAAAUGGCAUAAUAUGAAGGUUUGGAAUGCAAGAACUGAGCCAUAUACAACGGAGGAGUUUGAUGACAUUAGAAAAGUAUGGGCUAGGUUUUUUGUAGAUGAAGUGUUAUGACAUUAGAACUG